AUGGGCCGCGCCGGGAAGCGGUCCGUGCGGUUCCGGACGUCGUUCAGCAACACGAUCUACGACGUCAUGACGAGCCGCAACUGGAAGGAGACGGACAGCGAGACGGACUGGGACGUGCACUGGGCCGAGCGCGAGUGGGUCUACGAGGUCUUCGACACCAUGCACCUCGAGCCGCACCAGCGCAUCAACCACUUCCGCAACGGCCGCGAGCUCUGCCGCAAGGAUUUGUUGGUGAAGAACCUCAAGCGCAUGAAGCGCAACCUCCAGCGCGACGGCCAGCUCGAGCAGGCGCGCGCCUACGACUUCAUGCCCCUGUCGUUCGUGCUGCCCCGGGAGUACGCCAUGUUCGUCGAGGAGUUCAAGCGGUGCGGCGGCGUCUGGAUCAUGAAGCCCAUCGGCUCGGCCCAGGGCCGGGGCAUCUUCCUCUUCUCGCGGCUCUCGGAGAUCAGCGAGUGGCGCACGGACCCGCGCCACCUCCAGCGCGACGGCGGCGACCGCGACAGCCAGCGCGCGGAGCCCGAGGCCUACAUCGUCCAGCGCUACAUCGAGAACCCGUACCUCGUCGGCGGCAAGAAGUUCGACAUCCGACUCUACGUGCUCGUCACGUCCUUCAGCCCCCUCGUCGCCUUCAUGUACCGCGGCGGCUUCGCGCGCUUCUCCCACACGCGCUACUCGUCCGCGGCGCCGCGUCCGAACACGGAGUCGGUUUUCGCGAACGUGGUGUCCGACCCCGCGGACAUCGCGAACAACUUCGUGCACCUGACGAACGUCGCCAUCCAGAAGACGGCGGAGAACUACGACGCGCGGUCGGGCGGCAAGAAGGACCUGCGGUCGCUGAAGCUGCUGCUCGCGACGCAGCACGGCAUGGCCGCCGUCGACCAGCUCUUCCUCGCCAUCGAGCGCGUCAUCGUCCGAUCGCUCAUCGCGGUGCAGCACGUCAUGAUCGCCGACAAGCACUGCUUCGAGCUCUACGGCUACGACGUCCUCAUCGACGACGAGCUCAAGCCGUGGCUCAUCGAGGUCAACGCGUCGCCGUCGCUCACGGCGAACACGAAGGACGACUACAUCCUCAAGUGCGAGAUGCUCAACGACACGCUCGACAUCGUCGACGUCGAGGCCAAGCUCAACGGCGACGAGCGCUCCGUCGGCGGAUUCGACCUCGUCUACGACGGCGGCAUCGUCGAGCCCGACCCCGCGGAGUGCCCCUACUCGACGAAGCUCGGCACCUACAUCGAGCGCCAGGCCGCCCCGGAGAAGCCCGCGAAGGCGGGAAAAAAACUCGACACUCUCAAGACCUGCACGAUCUGCGGCGCCGACAAGGCCAAGGCGUGCCAAGGAUGCGGCACGACGGCCUACUGUUCGACGGAGUGCCAACGCAUCGACUGGCGCGACCGGGGCCACCGGAAGGUCUGCAAGAAGAUCCAGGCCGCGGAGGCGGCGCGGGCCGAGGCGCCGACGCCCCCGCCGCGGGACGUGUUCUACGGCCCCGCGCCGCGGUCGCACGCCGACGAGGUCCGCGCGCGCAUCGCGGCGGAGCACGAGGCGGCCCGCGUGCGACGCGAGGCGAACCCGGAGCGGGAGCCGACGUCGGCGCGGUUUGGGUCGCGGUGCCCGAUCUGCCUCGAGGAGUGGGACGUGAAUACGAGGAACGUGUUUCGCAUCUGUUGCUGCCGGAGGGUCUGCCAAUCGUGCAGUAACAAGAUCGGCACCGACGCGUGUCCCCUCUGUCGCAUACCGUGCGCAGAAGACGAUGCGGAGCAGCUCGCGCGUCUGCGCCGCCACGUGGAGAACGAGGUGCCGGAAGCGAUUACGCAUUUGGGAAUUGCGUACAGCGAAGGUCGGUUUGGCCUCGUGAAAUCCGAUAAGAAAGCCGCGAAGAUUUACCGGCGCGCCGUGGAGCUCGGGGACGUGACCGCGAUGAACUGCCUUGGGCUAUUGUACGAGAAUGGAAGUGGUGUCAAGCUGGACAAGAAGAAAGCGGAGCGGCUGUAUCGCAUGGCCGCGGACCGGGGCGACGCGACCGCGCAAUGCAAUUUGGCGUUUUUACUUGAUGCUGAGGAGAAACAUGAAGAAGCGUUCCGGUACUACGCGCUCUCGGCGGAUCAAGGUUAUACACGUGCAGAGCAUAACUUUGGCUGUCGCUACGUGAACGGAACAGGCACGGAAGUCGACCUCGGCAAAGCCAGAUACUGGUUCGAGCGCGCCGCUGCCAAGGGCUACCAGCUUGCUAUAAAGGCCCUCGCGCGCCUCGACGCGCGAGCAUAGCCUAAGUCUUUAUGCGGCGUC